CCUUCCUUUCCCCGAGACCCCGAGUCGCGUUCGGAGUCGUUCCCCAUUGCCUACCCCCAAAGCCCCAAACGGAGCCAGGGAGCCAGGGGGCAAGACGGUAAUGGCGACGGCGGAGAACAAGAGGCCCCGGAUCAGCAGCGGGGUGGAGAAGAGGCCGAGUAGGAAGGAGAUAUUGGGAAGGAAGAAGGCAGUCAAAGAGCUAAUAAGGAAAGCUGUCGCUGUGAAGGAUCACCUAGCGCAAUUUACAGAUUUUCAUAAAUAUCAAAGAAAUGGUAUUUCGGUCUACUUGGAGUCUGGACGUGGCGAUCUACUUACAUUACCAAUGAGGAAGUACAUCCAAAAUCUUUUAAAGGCUAACAUGGAGGAACCAUAUGGACCAGAAUGGCCUUCAGAAGAGAAAGUUAAGCGCCGGGAAAUGGUGGCCCCAGAAGCACGAUAUAUCUUUGUGAUGCAGUAUCCGAAUGGGUUUAUUGCCGAAGGUCGCUUGCUUGGUUUUGUGCACUAUAGAUUUGUUGUAGAAGAGGAUCUGCCUGUUGUUUAUGUGUACGAGCUACAAAUGGAGCCUUCCGCCCAGGGUAAGGGGCUGGGGAAGUUUAUGAUGCUGUUGAUUGAACAGAUAGCUUGCAAGAACCAAAUGGGAGCUGUGAUGCUAACAGUUCAGAAAGCUAACACGCUAGCUAUGGCUUUCUACACCAAGUUGAGAUAUGUUAUAUCUAGCACGUCACCAUCACGCGUGGAUCCUCAGGUAGGACUUGAACAAAGCUAUGAAAUUUUGUGCAAGACAUUCGACUCUGAAGCUAAGUCCAAAUUAGAGGACGGCGACUAAGAGCUCCGAAUGCAACGACCACUCGAGCAGCUCUAUUCUGUAACAGCGUGAUGGCAGCAGUAUUGCCAUAUUGUACCUUAUGGCAUAUUGUCAUGCGGACCCUCGUACUGCGAUGUAUUAUUCACAGUGUGCGAGCUUGGCCGUCACAAUUUGCACCCGAUUUGUCACUAGCUCUUUUUGCAAAUUGAUACAUUUUUGGCUAGUGAAUAAUGUCCAACUGGAUGCUUUCGAAGUUAACUACUCUGAUCAACUUGCUGC